AUGGCGUCCAACUCUCAGAUUCAGAAAGCAACACAACCUUGGUGGGAUGAUGGAAGCGAGAAGCACUUCGUGCCGCUGGCCCCCGCCGUUCCUAUAGACCCGAGCGUCAAUACCUGGUCCCGCUUCGGUCCAACCUUUGAAGCCUACGAAUACUCGGGCUGGAUCGACGAGAGCGUCUCCUGGAAGACGGACUGCUAUAUUGGCGACUGGUCGCCGCUGCUCAAAGCCCGCGUCACCGGCCCGGAAGCGCAAGCCUUUUUCGAAUACAUCUCGACCAACCGCUGGCCAAACUUCAAGCCUGGACAAGCAAAGCAUGCCAUCUUCUGUCAGGAUAAUGGGUGCGUCGUUGGCGAGGGUCUGGUUUUGAUGCUCGGAAAGGAUGAUUUCUUGUUCACUAGCGGCCCCGGGACGGUUUGGCUUGUGUACCAAUUCCAACAGGGCAGAAAGAAGUUUGAUGCCACUCUGCAACUGGUCACUGAUGACUGGUUCCUUCUUCAAAUUCAAGGUCCUGGGAGUGUCCAGCUGCUGGAUGAGGUGACGGACAAGGGUGUCCGGGAUAUCAAGUUUAUGCAUUACAAGGAGCUCUCGAUCGAUGGAAGCAAGUUCCUUUGUCUGAGACAAGGUGUAUCCGGCGAACUCGGUUUUGAGCUUUGGGGGUCGACGAUGGAUGCCAAAAAGAUUUACGGUUCUAUCGUAGACGCUGGCAAGAAGCACAAUAUCCGGCAACUGGUUGCUCGCGCAAAGAUGGUGAAUCACGUUGAAGCCGCGUUUGCGACUCCGGCCGCAGACUUCAUUCCGGCUGUACACGCGCCCGCAGACAACCAGGAACUUCUCCAGUUCCGACAAUUCGCGCGAGACAUCGGCUUCGACUUUGACCACUAUCUCUCCAAGGCCAGCGGUAGUCACGGCGCAGACCCUAUUUCCUACCACUUCACGCCAUUCGACCUGAACUGGGGCUGGCUCAUCAACUUUGACCACGACUUCAUCGGGCGCGACGCCCUUCUCAAGCUCAAAGACAGCCCACCGAACCAGCUGGUGACGCUGGUUUGGAACGCGGAAGAUGUGACUGACGUUUUUGCGUCCCUCUUUCGGCCGGAGCCCUUUGAGUAUAUGGAAAUGCCUCGCAACCUGCUUGGCAAUGUUGUUGGCAGUACUGUUCUGCGCGAAGGCAAGACGAUCGGGUGUGCUGUUUCUCGGUGCUACAGCUACUGGUUCAAGGAGAUGGUGUCACUGGGGAUUGUUGCCAAGGAGCAUGCUGCUCCAGGGACAGUUGUUGAGGUGAAAUGGGGAUCUGAAGGAUCUCCCGUGAAAAUCAUCAGGGCGACAGUGCAGGUUGCGCCGUACAAGGAGGACAAGAGACGACACUCAAUUCAGAAGUAG